AUGGCAAGCACAUCAAUAAAGCCCAAGAUCCUCGUCUUCGGAUCCGGCGCCAUAGGAACCAUCUACGUGUACCUCCUCCUGAAAGCCGGUUGCGAUGUAACCGCCGUCUGCCGAAGCAACUACACCGCAGCAAGAGAUAAUGGCUUCCACAUCGACACAACCCAUUCAAACAACGGACCCUACGACUACCUGAUCGUCUGCUGCAAAGCCAUCCCCUCAGCCAAAACCCCCCAAACAAUUGCCCCAGCCGUAACCCCAAACUACACAACCAUAGUCCUAAUCCAAAACGGAAUCGACAUCGAACCCGAAUACUCCCUCACCUUCCCCUCCACCCCUCUCUUAACAUGUAUAGCCUACCUCCCCACAACCCAAAACUCCCCAGGCCAUAUCACAAUGGGCAACAACGAACGCCUAGAAAUCGGAACCUACCCCGAAUCCUCAAAAUCUUCAACCUCCGCAGAAAUUCUAAUCUCCCUUCUAAAAUCCUCCGGUUCAAACACAACCUACCACCCCAAAAUCCAAGAACGUCGCUGGUUCAAACUCCUCCUCAACGCCCCCUGGAAUCCCAUUUGCGCUUUGACAUUAUCCCGAGACGUCGCCUUCCUCUCAUCCUUAUCAUCCGACGGAAUCUCAGAAUCCAUAAUCCGUGGCGUGCUGCAGGAAGUAAUUCUCCUCUCGCAAAGUCUCGGGUAUACUUCGAUUACGGCUGAAGCAGCGGAAGCCGGAUUCAAAGUGAUUAAGGAUCGGGUGGGAAAGAUGGUGGGGAUUGAACCGAGUAUGUUGGUUGAUGUUUUGCAUGGGAGGGCAAUGGAGCAUGAAGUGAUUUUGGGGAAUGUAGUGAGGAAAGCGAGAGAGAUGGGAAUUGAGGUGCCGAGAUUGGAGAUGUUGUAUGGGUUGACGAAAGCGUUGGAUUUGGCGACGCAGAAGAGGAAGGAAGGGAGAUCUUUGGAUAGAGAGGAUUUGGGAGAUGUGUAUCAAGCGUGA